UGUAUAGGUUUAAUCCACUUCGACGAGCAAUUGCCUUAUGUUUCUUUUAUCAUGCUCUUCAAGCUAGAGGUGUUCGGUUCUUCCCUACCAUUGAAGAGAUUAAUCCAGAUCACUAUGGCGACUCACAUCCUCACUUCUACACCCGUUGGACGAGAGAUAAUUAUGAUGCAACAGGCUGCUACAACAUGGACUGCCCUGGUUACAUACGGGUAGAUGGCGCUGUUAUAGCUCUUGGUGAUGCUAUACAUCCAGUUUCUAAUGUCCCUAAUGGACCUAGACAAAGUAUCACUCUAAGGGUGCUAAAGGACAAAAAAAGUGGAGAUUGGUGGGUAUAUUACGGCUUCAAUAAAAUCCCGACAGGCGUGGGAUACUUCCCAAGGUCGUUGUUCAGCUACUUAGCAGAAAAGGCAGACGGAAUGCAAUUUGGUGCAUUUGUUAAAUCUCAAAAAGCACUUCCAACUCCUCCAAUGGGCAAUGGUGCCCUCCCAAAUGGUGGUAAGGGUCGCGCCGCAUUAUUCACAGACAUUAGAUUCAUUGACCAGGAUGGAAAUAGCAGCCCAAUCAAGGAAGACCUACCCAUGUUUGUUACUGAUAAAAAAUGCCACUCUAUCACCCAUAUUCUUCAUGCUGAAUGCUUUUAUGGUGGUCCUGGAGGUUGUAUGAGAUAAGAUCUGAUACUUUGAGCUUGGUAUCACGUAGUGUUAGUUGUCAAAUAAAAUGGCAUGGAUGACAAAAAUUAUGAAGAGAAUAUUCGCUUGUUUA